GCCAGAAGAAAUAAAAAUAAUAAAAAGAGCUUCUACCUUUACAGCCUUAAUCCGUGUUUCCAGUGCAGAGUUGUUAGAACUGUUUUUACUGUUUCUAAGUUCACAGACGCUGCUUUUGUUUGUUUGUUGUUGUUGCCACAUUGAUUAAGACAUUCUUAUACGCACACACGCACACAUAGUACUUCAGUCUUUUGAACUCUGAAUCCAGUUCUACUGCUCUUCUGCUCGUACAAGGAGAAUACGCACAUACGGUGUGUGUGUGUGUUUGGUGUUGAAGCUGCCGUUUUCUCAAAACUCUUUAUUUCUUUUCUUUUUCUGGUUUUAGUAUUGUACAUAGCGUUGACAAACCAUUCAUACACCUUUCCUGUUCCCCAUUUCAGCUCUGUUUUCUCUUCCAUCGUACAAUCACUUUUCGUCCUUUCCUCCUUCUUCUUUAUUAUUUUGUUGUUGUUGUCCUUUUUUUUGCUUAAGAGGAAAUAAAUACAUUUUCUUCAACGAUUACUUCUGUCAUUUUGUUGUUUUUUCUUGUUCUGUUUUAUUAUUCUCCUGGAAGACAUUUUUCUCUCCUUCUGCUUCCCUCAAACCUCUACACUCUCACACAACUUGUGUUUAACCUCCUCCUCAGCCACCGGCAGAGAGCGGAGACACCCCGCACCUUCCCGUGAUUCCCCCGGCGUGUAUUGUGUGGGUUUGUUUCUUAUUUUCUUCUACCACUAUUUUUUUGUUGUUGUUCUUUACAUUGAAAUUUCAUUUCUUCUCUUUCUCUCUCCUUCUUUCUCUAAGUUGUCUUGUUUCCUCCCCCCCCCCCCCAAAAAAAAAAAGGCCUGCCUCAACAACACCGUUGUAGCAAGUCGCUGUUAUCUUUACUAUUCCUACUAUUAUUAUUCUUAUUUUUACUCUUAUUAUUAUUAUUGGUAUACUUCGUAUACGCGCUGUUGCGCUGCAAAAGCAGCUGCCCCAACUCUUUUAUUUUUGUCAACUACUGCUACUGGGUUUUUUUCCCUCCGCCUUUUGCAAUUGCUAUCAUUUUCAGUUGUUGCUACUCUUGUUGUUGUUGUUGUUUUUCACUCCAUAUUUUUGUCUUGAUUCCUCGCCUCUCUCCCUCUCGUGUCUUCACCUUUUGUCACCCGCUGUCGUGCGUAGGAUGCCAGCUACCUUAAAGCAUCCGGAACGAUAGAGAACAGGAAAAGAAGAAAGGAACACACGAAGAAAGGGCUAACAGGUCCACGCACACACGCACACGCAUACACACCCACACGCGCGCGUAAAAAGCCUCUCUGUCGUGUAUGUCACUCAGAACAGUCGUCUCCAUUUCAGUGGAUAUGGAAGACGUCGCCGCACCAGCGACGGCGGUGCCGUCUCACCCGCAGGAGGUCACGCUCGUCUCUCAGACGUCCUCGGCAAGUCAAUUUGUUGGCAAUGUGGGAGGCCCUUUGCGUAGCAGCAGCAGCGAAAGCUCCUCCGGCAACCACUGCCGCUCCACCGGCGAGUGCAGCCUCGUCCCAGCAGCCCGCACCACCUCCCCUUUCUACCGCCACAACCCCUACCUAGCCUCUCCGGUCUCCGAAACCUACCUUUACCUCGCGUCGCCGGACGGCACCGGACUGGAGGAGGCGGUGGAGCGUCAUCGCAGCAGCAGCAACAGCAGCCACCACAACAACAUUCACAGCAUCCGCAACAGCAACGACCGCAGUGCUGAUGUCACAUCUGACUGGCGCCUCGUCGUGCGCUCUCUCAGUCGCCGCAAGCCGUCCUCAUCCGUCCACUCCACCGCCGACAACGACAACUCAAACCACCACCACCACUACCGCAGUCGCACACCGCUUAUGUCGCCCGCCUUCAUGAACCCGUUGGAGAACAAGGGGGUGUCCGCGAUGGAGGACGCGGCGGCGGCGCAGCGGGGCCACGCCCGUCGUGACUCCGCCGCGUCGCUCUCCUGCGAUAACUCCACGAGCAGCGCGGUGCUGUACUCGUGCGCCGAGUCGUCCGCCGCCUCCCAUCACGCGUCGCCCUCGCCGGGGCAAAUCGCAUCCCUCACGCGCGCCCCUGCUUUUCUGUUCGCAGCCGCGGCGCACACGCGACGGCGGACGGAGAGCCCGGAGACGAGUCGGCACAGCACGCUGAGUAAGUCGCACAGCUGGGGCAGCCCGACGACGUCGUCGCUCUAUUACAGUUUCACCGACCACAGCGCGGCGGCGGCAAUCAGCACGAGCAACAACCCGUAUGUCGGGGUGCGCAUGACUCCCGAGGCCCCGGCGGCGCUGGCGGCGAACCAAGACGGGGUAUCGCCCUACUCGCCUGCAUUGCAGCAACAGCAGCGGCUCUCCAUGAUACCACGUGUCAGCAGCAACAAUAGCAGCGGUGCCGUUAUAGCAAAUGUUGUUAACGGCGGUGGCGAGGCGGGUAGUGCCCGCGGUUCCCACCGCCGCACCCCCACCAUUGAAGGCCUCCCACUCCGCAUGGCACGCGUAGGCCUCUCCGCCUCCUCCCACUCCACCACCACCGCGCAGAACUCACCCGGCGCCGUUGCCUCGAACAGCACCAGCGAGACGGCCAUGACGACGGCAACCCCGCCAGCCUACGUAGCAUCCACCGCUGCCGCCGCUGCUGCUCAAGCCCCAGCAGCGGCACGCCUCACGGUGACCCCCCGCUCGCACCCCUCCGACACGCCCCCUCCCUACAAUCAACCGACCAGCGCUCCUCUGUCGCCGGACACGGCGAGCAUGAUUGUGCCUCCGAGCCCUCCCCCAGCCAUGACCCUGCGUCAGUCACGUCCGCCCGCGUCUGCGGGGGGGUUGGCUGGCUUGCCGACCUACGCGAUGUCCUCCGAUGUCGUCCUCUCCGAAGUCAGCAGCAACAGCAGCCCCCAUCAGCCCUACCGCUACACACCCCUUGCCCGGCAAUCGCCGUGGCCGGCAGCAGCAGUGCGUACACCACCGCCGCCACAGUCACAGCCACAGCAGUCGACUUUUAUGCCGCCCUCGCGUGCGGCGUACGCGAUGACCGCCAGCCCGCCACCGUACGUCUACAGCAGCAGCGACAACGACGAGAUCCGCUUCUUACACGCGAUGGACUCCGGCACGCCGCCCCCUGCCCCCACAACCACAGCCGCUAACACCGCGAUGCCGACGAUGACAGGGCUGUCCCACAACACGGGGGUAAAGAUGGCAGCCAUGGCAUCUCCGCCGCCGUACGAUGGACUCUAUGCCGCGCCAACCGCCGCUCAAAGCGAUGUGCUGAGUGACGGCCAGUCCCCCUCAAAGCUCCGCACUUUCGGCGGUAGAGCCGAGGAAGACGGAGGCGAGCGUCUAUACAAACAAAGCGAUCGGGGCGGCGGCGCAGCAGCAGCGGCAGCGACGACGGUGAUGAUGCGCACCCACGAUGAGCAAGCAGUGACGACGGCAGCCGAGGCAGGCAACACCAACUGCGGGCCCAGCCAUCCUCGUGCUCAGCUCGAUACAUUUGACGAGGAACAGCACCAUCAGCAGCAGCAACAGCAGGAAGCGGCCGAGAUGCAGGAGACCAUCGAGGAGUCACAGAUGCAGCGAAACCCAGCGACGCAGGAGGCAGAUCGGCUGCACGGCGCGAUGACGAAUGAAAUAUCAGACGAGGAGGACGCUGAGGACGAUGGGGAGGAGGGCGCUACACUGGCGACGUCGGUCAACGCCGGUGCCGCCGCCGCCGCCGACACCAAGGCAAAGCACAAGAAGAAGAAGCGCGCCCGUCGCAACCGCAAGCAGAAAUUCCUUCAGGAAUUACCGCCCGCCACGGAGAUGAAGUUUCUGCCCCCACCGCCGCCACCGCUGCCGGCGCCGCACGACGGCGCGGAGACCGCGGCGCCAGGCAGCAAAGAAACCGCUGUUGACUUCGACAAGUACUACGGAGUGCUGGUCCGCUGGUACGAACGCAUCCUCGCAGACGAGGCGGACUUUGUGGGGUCAAACUCCGCCUCGCUUCCCCUUAGCGUCGCGGCGGCCCAGGCGAGCGGGAACGGCGUGGCCAGCCUGGAGGCGAGCCACACCACCUUGCAGAACUCAGGAACCCUCACGCCGCGCACCUCGCAGACGAUGACCGGAUCGAUGCCGGACGCCAUCCCGGGCACCACCGUCUUCGCCAUGACAAACUUCAACGGCUCCGGCGCGGCGGCGACCACCACCACGCCGACUACGAACAACCCUCACGCCAGCUCCGCCGCUGCACGCCUGCGUCACACGACGGGGGGCGGUGAAGUCCCGGUGCUGUGCCCACGCAUUGAGCAGUACAUGCCUCUUUCAGAUAUUCCCUUGGGGCUCCGCACCGGUGUGCCGAACGGGUCGGGCACCAGUGUGCGUAGGUACUCGUUGCAGUCGACUGGGUCCAGCGUAGAAAGCCCCGCCACAGUGCACGGAGGUGAGACGGCGGCAGCGGCCGCACCUGUCCUGCACGUGCAGCACGUCGACAGAGCGGUGCAGUGGGCGGCGGCUCUCAACUCGUGGUGGCUCGCCUACGUCCACCCGCACUCCUUCAGCUCCCGCCGACAGCGCAUCCCGCCGGGCUUCCCGAUGCCGCCGAUACCGACAGCGACAGCGGCAGCGGCAGCGACAGCGGCGGCCUUCCCCUCGCCAAACACGGGCAGCAACAUGGGAUCUAUGGACGGCUGGUCAGCCUCCUCAACGGCCGUGACCGGCUACGAAGGGCAGCAGCAGCAGCAGCCGUUUUACGGCUCGGGUGGGAUGGGCGGCGGAGGUGCGGGCAUGCAGGUAAUGAGUGGCAGCGGAUCCGUCGCGGCGACGGCCACGUCAAACGCCAUGUACGCGGGCCUGCCUUUGUCGUCGUACUCGCCGUACUCGCCUUACUCGAUUCCUGGCAUGGCGCCGCCGCCGCCGCCUCUGCAGCAGCAGCCACAGAUGCAGCAGCUGUCACACCCGUCGAUCAUGGGCGUCUACACUAUAUACCAGCAUCAGUAG